ACAGUCCAUGGGAUCGCAAGAGUCGGACACGACUUGGCGACUAAACCACCAUAAACUGUUUAUAUACUUUGUUUAAAAACAGUAUAUAAACAAAAAUUCCUCUUCCUUUAAUGGCAGAAUUGGAAUGUCACCAUUUUUCAGUCCUUAUUGGGCUGAAAAUUCUAGACAAGGACUAUCAUCAGCUCCUAAUGUCAUGGAAACAGGGGCAACUGGUUUUAAAAUAUCUCCCGCUAGAAGGCACCCUCACUCCAAGAUCAUUGGCCGAAAAGCGGAACCUGAAUCGGAUCAGACUUGUCUAGAUUCAGACACCGGGUACCGGAAGUACCAAGGACAGAAUCGCAUCCUCAAAAUUCAGAGGGAAAGUUCGUAAGACACACGACCCUGUUUCUCCAACAAGUUAAGUUCAAGAAAAGAGAAGAAAAAGAGGGAGAGAGACAUUAAGAGAUUAAAGGGGAAAACCGCAAUAACAAGACACUUACAGAUUUAUCAACCAGUGGCAAUGCCUGCACCUUAUUUGGAUCCUGAUUGGAAAAAUUAAAAAAAAAAUAGUGAUCACCAGGGGAAUUUGGACGCGGUUGAAUAUUCGACCAAGUUCAGCAAUGUCACCUUCUUCAUCUUUGGGCCCCUCAUGACAUUUCUGAUGCGCCCAUACAUCCAGCAACGCUCCUGCUACAUUUAUGUGAUGUUCGUUCUCUUCACAGUCACAGGACUGUUCUCCAUGUACUUUCACAUGACGCUCAGCUUCCUGGGCCAGAUGCUGGAUGAGAUCGCUAUCCUGUGGCUGCUGGCCAGCGGCUACAGCAUAUGGUUGCCCCGCUGCUAUUUCCCCGCCUUCCUAGGGCAGAACAGGUCUCGGUACAGCUCACUGAUCGUCAUAAUCAGCCUGGUCAGUACCUUCCUGUCCUUCCUGAGGCCCACGAUCAACGCAUAUGCCCUAAACGCCAUUGGCUUGCACAUUAUCUACAUCAUGGUCCGGGAGUAUAAGAAGACCAAAAAUAAGGAGCUCCGGCAUCUGAUUGAGGUCUCCACGGUUAUAUGGGCUCUCGCCUUUACUAGCUGGAUCAGUGACCGCCUGCUUUGCAGCUUCUGGCAAUGGAUUAAUUUCUCCUACCUGCACAGCAUCUGGCACGUACUCAUCAGCCUCACCUUCCCCUACGGCAUAGUCAUCCUGGCUCUGGUGGAUUCCGCGUACGAGAUGCCGAACAAAACCCUCAAAGUCCGCUACUGGCCUCGGGACACUUGGCCCAUGGGGCUGCCCUACGUGGAGAUGGGUGAUGACCACAAGAGCUGCUGAGGUCCAAUAGGGCUUCUUGAUCACCCGACACCUACGCACCCACCCAGGACCGCGGGCUGAAUUGGGAGACCGAGAGACACUCACAGUUCUGCCCUCCGGCUCCCUCUCCCCUUCAUCCUGGUCCUCCGUGCCCCCAUUCCGAGGCAGGGGAUGGACUUAAUGACCUCUCUGUGCUGCAGUCUGAUAACCCUGGAGCUCCCCUCCAUGACCCGCCCCCAUCCUCUUUCACUUCCUCUUCCAGGUUUACUGUUUCACACGACCUGGUGGGGCUGGAUCACUGAGCCGCUGUGCUUCUGUGGCAGCCACUGGGAAUGACCUCAGGCUGGAGCUUGGUCCCUGGGCAUCAUAUAAACAGUGGUGGUCACUGUGAGACUUUUCA